AUGUCGGAUCAAGCAUCAGCAUCAGAUACAUCUGGUUCAACUGAAUUUAAAGCUGGUCGUCCUCCAGCAAUAAGAGUUGGGGGUAUGCGUGUCGGUGCAUCACGUCCUCGACAAACAUCACAAGGCGAUGACAAAGAUAAAAAUUUUACUAAUGAAGAUGCUUCAGGAAAUAGUACAACUGCCAGUGGUACAGAUGGAACGUCUGAUAAUGACAAUCGAAGAAAUCAAGAAGAUACUUAUGAUGAACAAGGAUCAGGGCAAGUUCAAAAAGCUUUUCCAACUGAAGCCGUAAAACAAAUUCAUGAUAAACAUGGUACACAUCCAAAAACUGAACAUCAUACUCAUUCAAAACAUGAUGAUCAACGUUUUAUAAAUCAACCACGAAAACAAUAA